AUGAAUAGAGAAAUAGGUAGACAUGAUAAAAUUAAUAGUGGAAUAAAUAAAAAUAAUGAAAUAGAUGAUGAAAUAGACAAAAUUGAUAAUGAAAUAGAUAUAUAUAACAAAAUAAAUGGUAAAACAAAUAGACAUAACGAAACAAGUAGACAUGAUGAAAUAAGUAAAUAUGAUAAAAUUAAUAAUAGAAUGGGUAAAGAUAAUAAAAUGAAUAGUGAAAUGGAUAAAAUUGAUUGUGAAAUAAAUAAAUAUAACAAAAUUAAUUAUGAAAUAGACAAAAUUGAUAAAAUAGAUAGUGAAAUAAAGUGA